AUGGGGUCAACCAACAGCCUGACGGCCGAUGCCAGUCCCGACAAUCGAUCUAAGCAGGAGAAGUCGUUGCGCAAGGCCGAGAAGAAGAGAUUGAAGAAGGAGAGGAAGAAGCUGGAGAAGAAACGCAAGGCUGAGGAAGCUGCAAGUCUAGCUGAACAAACUCCAACAGUUUCCCAAGCCCUCCAAAAUGAACUUAACAUGGAGAGCUCAGCGCCAGCGCUCGCUUCAAUUGAUACUCCGACUCCAGCUCCUCGACCCGCUGCUCGACCUGCUGCUCGCGUCAGUAAAGAAGUUCUCAAGUCUGCUCAAGCUAAUUAUGUUCGUGCCGCCAAUGUCACCUCGGAGCACGUCAAUACAUCGACGGUGACAUCGAAGCUUGCUGUAAACGACAUCAGCAACGGGGAACAGGAUCUAGGAGAAGAAUCUGUUACGAAUAUAUUCCAUGGCCCACGCACCGGAGAAGCUUCCCAGUCUGCUCGAGGUCAACCUACCAUCAUCCUUCCAGUCGACAAACGUGUUGCAGAUAUCUCACCGUCGACCUUGUCUGUCCCCGAGUACGAAAACACCGUCGUGAUGUUGGAUUUCUCUGGACUUGGUAGCCCCGAGAAAAUCCCUCUUUGGAAUCCUUCCAUACCAAAUUCAGUGGACUCUGAUGAUGAAACUAUAGAAGAAACAAUCACCACACAAGGCGCAAGAGCUGCACUCUCUAGAUCGCCAUCAACCUUGGCUCCCAAGACUCAUCUUCAAGCCCUCGACCUGUCAGUAGAUCCGGACGUGUCAGAUGACGAAGUGUCCAGCAUCCUUGGCGACUCAGAUCCUCGUGAUCACAAGCCUGAGGAGAUCAAACCAAAGGGACACGCUGGCUUCCCAGCACCAGAAGAUCUGCCUGAAUGGUUUCCAAGAAAUAUCAAGCAAAUUUAUCGGGUCGAUCGGCAUGGCGGAGCUCUUUCUUUCAAGGAACUGAACGAAAUCACAAGAUACCGAGCCGCCCUUGAGACAAUCCGACGCCAAAAGUGGAAGACCUAUCUCAAGGCUGGAGAAGCCAGGUGGAAACUCCAGAAGAUUCUCCGACGACUUCGAGUCAGACCCUAUACCAGAGCAUUCUAUGAGUAUCGAAACAAACAGUGUAGAGUUUGGAAGGAUAAAGCAUUGAAGUCAUGGAAACGUUUGGAGAAGACUCAUCUCGGCGUUUCCAUCUUAGACGAAACGAUCAACAUCAACUUCCGCCAGGAGCGAAUCAUCUAUGAGAAAAAGCUUGGAGGACGAUUGUGA